AUGGUAAGACUGAAAGGUGGUUUGCUGACAGAGGACUUAGCUAAGCGCUUUAAUGUGUCCACAGGAACUGUGUCAUCAAUUGUGACCUCAUGGAUAAAUCUCAUGUAUUUAGAUUUGAAGUUAUUAUGUGAACUUCCUUUCAAGAAAAUUGCAUGUGCUAACCAAUCAUCAGCUAUAGGCUCCUUUUCUGAUGUGCGUGUAAUUCUGGAUUGUACCGAACUUUUUGUUCAAAAUCCUAGUAAGCUGGAUGCUCGUAAACAACUAUUUUCAAACUACAAACACCAUAUUACAUACAAAUUUCUAGUGGGAAUUGGUCCUCAGUUGGGUAUCACUUAUGUCAGUAAGAUGUAUGGCGGAAGAGCCUCAGACAAAUACAUUACAUCUGACUCUGCCGAUUUACUUAUAAAUCUGGAGAAGGAAAAGGGAUCAGUAAUGACUGAUCGUGGCUUUUUAGUGGAGGGAAUUUUAAGUGACAUGGGUGUCAAACUCAUUAUGCCAGCAUUCAAAGGAGCAGAUCGUCCACAGCUAAGUGCCGAAGAGACUAAAACUUCCGAGAGUAUAUCUCGUGUCAGAAUACACAUAGAGCGUGCCAUUCAAAGGAUUAAAACUUACCAUAUUUUUGAUGGAGAAUUGAAAUUAUCGAUGAAGGAUAUUGCUGAACAAGUUUUCACUGUUUGUGCUUUUUUAGUGAACUUCCAAACUCCAAUUGUCAAGUCUGGACCCUAA